GAUCCCUUCUUGAAUGUCCUGGCUGCCUGUAGAAUCCAAGGCAGGAGGCAACUCAUGACCACCAAACCGUGACAGCCUCAGAUUCCCCUGCUUCUGGCUGCUUGAAAUAACCACUGGGCUACUGUGGAGAUGAAUGGAGAACAGCAGUAUGAUGCAGAUGCUGGUUCCAGCGUGGAAGAAGUGGAAUUCAAUUGGGAUGAGUAUCUAGAAGACACAGGAGCAACUGCAGCCCCCCAUGGGUCUUUUAAACAUGUGGAUACAAGUUUGCAGAAUGGUUUUGCCCCUGGUAUGAAGCUAGAAGUUGCUGUCAAGUCUGACCAAAAUACCUACUGGGUAGCCACCAUCAUUACUACCUGUGGGCAGCUGCUCCUGUUGCGCUACGAUGGUUACGGGGAAGACCGCAAGGCUGAUUUUUGGUGUGAUAUCAUGACAGCUGAUUUACACCCCAUCGGCUGGUGUGAGCAGAACAAGAAGAUUCUCAAAGUGCCUGAAGGUAUCAAGGACAAGAUACCUGACCAGGAGGAAUUCCUUCAGCGGGUGCUGAAAGGAGCAUGCAGUGCUCCUGCUAACCUGCUGGAGGGGCUUCACAGAGGGAAAAAUCCACUGGAUCUCAUUGCACCAGGCUCCCGACUAGAACUGCAAAACGUCAGGGAUUCCCUGGAAGCCUGGAUAGUCAAUGUGGUAGAAAAUGUUGGUGGGAGACUUAAAUUGCGAUACGAAGGGCUGGAGGAUUCUGACAAAUUUGACCAAUGGAUAUUCUACUUGGACCCUUUCCUUCAUCAAGUGGGGUGGGCAGCUCAACAUGGAUAUAGCCUGCAACCACCUUUAGUCAUUAGGUCCUUGAAGAGCGAAGCACAUUGGCAAGAGAUCUUGAAGAAGGUAAAAGAGGAGGAAGAGGAGUCAUCAGUUCCUACAGAUCUCUUUAAGGAUAAACCUGUGAUUGGAGUGCAUUCGUUCUCUGAAGGCAUGAAGUUAGAAGCUGUGGACCCAAUGGCUCCUUUUGUAAUCUCUCCUGCUACAGUUCUCAAGGUAUACAAUGAAAAAUAUUUCAUGAUAGAAAUUGAUGACUUGAGACCAGAGCGUACAACCAGCCAGUCUUACAUUUGUCAUGUCAACAGCGCUGGUAUUUUCCCUGUGCAAUGGAGUCUGAAGAACGGCUUGCAUCUCAGUCCCCCACCAGGUUAUCCUGGGCAGGACUUCGAUUGGGCAGACUACCUCAAACAAUGUGGUGCUGAGGCAGCUCCCCAGAGCUGCUUCCCUUUGUUAACUUCUGACCAUGGAUUUAAAGAGAAUAUGAAACUUGAGGCUGUGAACCCAGUUGAUCCUGAAGAAGUUUGCAUUGCUACGGUCACCAAGUUGAAAGAUUCCUACCUCUGGCUUCAGCUGGAGGGCUCCAAGAAGCCCGUCCCUGACUGUAUAGUGAGCGUGGAAUCGAUGAAUAUAUUUCCAGUGGGUUGGUGUGAGACGAAUGGAUACCAGCUCAGACCUCCUCGCAAAGCAAUAGUAAACAAGCAGAAAAAAAUUGCAGUAGUUCAACCAGAGAAACAAAUUUUGUCUUCAAGGACAACAGUUCAUGAUGGACUAAAGAACCAGGAACUGAACACUUCUGACUCAGUGGUAAUUAAUGGAAAGUACUGCUGCCCAAAGAUCUACUUCAACCACCGGUGCUUCUCAGGGCCUUACCUUAACAAAGGCAGGAUUGCAGAGCUUCCUCAGUCUGUGGGACCUGGGAACUGUGUUCUUGUUCUGAAAGAG